UAAAAUAGGUAAUUGUAUAAGGCCUAUCUUUACAGCUGAAUUAUAAUGCGUUUCCAAUGGACUAUAAGGUUGAGCAAACAACAAAAAAUGGGAUGCGUGUCCUAGAUCUAGACUACCUCCUAGGCAAUCAAUUAUCUGGACUAGUGGAAAUGGUUCCAUUUCCCAUUUUAGCGUAGCCUACGAUCAGGUUUUGUAGCCAAGGUGUACGCUUUGCAGCACGCAUGUCACCACAAUACUCGAGCACUCGAGGGAGAAAGAGAGCAAGAGAGAGGAGUGUUCUCUCCUCAUCCAUCCUCUCAUUCCCAUUCGCUACCUCUAUGUGUAGCAGUCAGUCUCCUCAGUGGUCUCGAGUUACGUCUCAGCUUGCGGUUGCCAAGACGAUCUCGGGGCUGUCCACCAUAGAAUUCCAUCUUGUUCCGUCGAGUCACUGGAUGGAAUGUCGAGCUCCAGAAAGGAGUUCGAUGUGAAGCAAAUUCUUCGAAUCCGAUGGAGAUGGUUCGGUCACCCCACAUCACCACCACACAAUCAGCCACCAUUGGGAGACUUCUUCAGUGGGAGAGGAACGGCAGGAUCUUCUGGCGACCUACCCUCCGUUAGUGGCUGUUCCCCCUCCACUGGAAGUGCUCGUAACGGCAACAGCACAGGCUCAAAUAGUGCACGCACCGGUGGUGGCUCUGUGGGCAACCUUAACAACAACAGAAAGUUUGGAGACACUGGAAGUCAAAGUAAAGGACCGGUGCCCGCAGGCGCCACGGCUUGUCCCCGCUCGUUUAGUCAGCAGGAGUGCCGAAGUCCCCCGGCGUUACCCUGGGUGCCUCCGCCGCACUCUCGCUCGGUUCUCGGUGUGACUACUGAGGUCGCAUCGACGAAUUCAUCGGUCGAAAAAGCCACUGGUGACGAGGAAAACAACAAUAACGUGGAUUCCGAUAGCAGCUCGUGCAGGACAUCUAACAGCAGUCAGACGCUGUCCUCAUGUGCCUCUAUGGAGCCGUGUGUGCCAGAAGAGCUGUUCCAGGCGCUGAGCCACGCCGAGCACACCUUCAGACGGAUGGAGUCGUACCUGAGGACGCGGCAGCUGUGUGAUGUAGUGCUGCUCGCCGGAGACCGCAGAAUACCUGCACACAGGCUGGUUCUGUCCUCCGUGUCCGAUUACUUUGCUGCCAUGUUUACCAGUGAUGUGCGAGAAGCCAAACAGGAGGAGGUCAAGAUGGAAGGUGUGGACCCAGAUGCAUUAUGGGUCUUGGUUCAGUAUGCUUACACAGGGCGUCUGGAGCUGAAGGAGGACACCAUUGAGAGCCUGCUGUCUGCCUCGUGUCUGCUGCAGUUGUCUGCAGUAGUGCAGGCUUGCUGCUCUUUUCUCAUGAAGCAGCUUCACCCCUCCAACUGUCUGGGCAUCAGAUCCUUCGCCGAUGCACAAGGCUGCCAAGACCUACACAAAGUAGCACAUAACUACACCAUGGAGCACUUCCUGGAUGUGAUGCGCAAUCAGGAGUUCCUGCUGCUGCCUCCGUCUGAGAUUGAGAAGCUGCUGGCAUCUGAUGACAUGAACGUGCCCGAGGAGGAGACGGUGGUGCAGGCCCUGCUCAGCUGGGUGCGCUACGACUGCGCCGGCCGCCAGCCCCACCUCCCCACCAUGCUGGCCCACAUCCGCCUGCCACUGCUGCACCCACAGAGAGAGAGAGACAGAGGGAGAGAGAGACAGGGAGAGAGAGACAGACUACUUUCUGAUGCUACAAUCCAGUUCUUGGCCGACAUGGAGUCCAACCUGCUGCUGAGGGACAGUGUGGAGUGCCAGCGGCUGGUAAUGGAGGCCAUGAAGUACCACCUGCUGCCCGAGCGCCGGCCCCUCCUGCAGAGCCCCCGUACGCGGCCGCGCAAGGCCACCGUGGGAGCCCUGUUCGCCGUGGGGGGCAUGGACGCCACCAAGGGUGCGACGUCUAUAGAGCAGUACUGUUUGCGUAAGGACGCAUGGAGACAGGUGGCUGUGAUGAGUGGCCGCAGGUUGCAGUUCGGGGUGGCUGUACUGGACGACCGGCUCUACGUGGUUGGGGGCAGGGAUGGCCUCAAGACCCUUAACACAGUGGAGUGCUACAAUCCCCGCAGCAAGACCUGGAGCGUUAUGCCACCCAUGUCCACGCACCGACAUGGUUUAGGCGUGGCAGUGUUGGAGGGGCCGAUGUAUGCGGUGGGGGGUCAUGAUGGCUGGAGUUAUCUCAGCACUGUGGAGCGCUGGGAUCCUCAGGCACGACAGUGGAGCUUUGUGGCUUCCAUGGCAACACCUCGGAGCACUGUGGGGGUUGCAGUCCUCAACAGCAAGCUGUAUGCAGUGGGGGGCAGGGAUGGAAGCUCGUGCCUAAAGUCUGUGGAGUGUUUCGACCCGCACACCAACAAGUGGAGCAGCUGUGCACCCAUGGCCAAGCGACGCGGGGGGGUGGGCGUGGCCACCUGGAAUGGCUUCCUGUACGCCAUCGGAGGCCACGAUGCUCCCGCCUCCAGUCUAGCCUCCCGUCUGUCGGACUGCGUAGAGAGGUACGACCCAAAGACAGACGCCUGGACUGCUGUAGCUCCCAUGAGCCUUAGCAGGGAUGCCGUGGGAGUGUGUCUCCUUGGUGACCGUCUCUAUGCAGUGGGUGGAUAUGAUGGGCAGUCGUAUCUCAACACUGUGGAAGCCUACGAUCCCCAGACCAAUGAGUGGACACAGGUGGCACCAUUGUGUUUAGGCCGAGCUGGUGCAUGUGUGGUGGCCGUCAAACUCUGAAAACAGUUCAGCCAAACAUUUCUUUGUAGCAGUCUCCAGGGAGCGGCUUAGCAUCCCCACGAGACAGAAUGUAAACUCCUCCUCACGUGACUCUACAUGUGUACAUACAGUCACACUGACCCAUACAAACUCGUGCAGAGACACACAACAGACCUGCUCCUUUUUAAAGGAGUGCUUUGUCUGUGGCGGAUCUUAAGUGGGUUGCAGUGUUCCACAUGCCCUUAGGCUUCCCCCUGUGUUGUCCUCGUGCUCGCUCAGCCUGGUCCUGCUGCUUACGCAGGACAGGGCAGGGCAGGGCAGGACACGGCAGGGCAGGCUGGGUGGAGGUUGCCUCUGACCUGUCUGCAGCCAAGCGUGAGACACCAGCAGCUCAGCUCUGUAGGCAGUAAUUGAGAGGAACUCACCAGCCUGAAAGGACUAUCAGUGUCCUGUAUCAGCUGCCUGCGGAUUUGUAGGCUUUGUCCCAAAACAUUUUCUGCAUAUCAACUCUGGAUUAGGCUGGAAGUAUCGGAGAGGAUGAUGUUGAGAUGAAAUUGGGUUAUAUUAACUGAUACUGUAUUUAGCUGUAUGUGAUGAAAUUGGGUUAUAUUAACUGAUACUGUAUUUAGCUGUAUUUGUUCCUGUGAGUACCUGCUUCUGCUGAACCUGUUUCCCACUCUCUCUCGCCGUGGUCAUUACACAUUCCAGUGGCAUAUAGUUUCAUAUAAGCCACCUCCAUUACCCUCCAACCAUACACAUACGGACACAAAGACUCUCUUCCCCACUCCUCUUGUCAUCUUUUCAGCUGACAGAUGUAGAAAAGAGAGAGAACAUAAAAGCAUUAGAUGAAUUAGUCAUUGUGAAUGCUCCUGACAGGAAGAGAAACCCAAACGAAAAGGACAGUAGGGCAGAUAGUGGGUAUUGAGAGGGCAGCUCAGAGGUGUGAUCAUUCUAAAGUAUCUGACAGACAGGUUAUAAUGAGCAUGUUCAUAUUCAUUUUGGUGAAUGUGUAUCUACAGCCAGGGUUGGACUGUAAAAACAGAUCCGAGCUGACCAAGCUUAAGCUCCUGUGAUACAGACUCACUGUUAUAAGAAGAUCAAAGUUAACGGGCCAUUUUGCAGCUGUGCAUCCUGCUGUUUGGCAGGUCGUGUUCAGUUGUGUUGAUAUUGGGUUUGGAGGACAUUCAGUACAAUGCCCACAGUCUCAUACCUUUUUCCCGCUGAACAAUAGAUGAGUUUUGAAGUGGAGAGAUGACAGAUUGGGUAUUUAUAUUUGAUGCUCUGUCUUUCCAACCUAUUAUUCUCCCUGGGGGCUCAGCUGAGUAGAAUGAUAAAUGGAUCCCACUGAUGUUUAAAUCUCUUCCCUGAAGCUGAGAUCUUCUUUCUGGUUGUGAACCAAGUAAUGACCUCUAAAUCCCCCCCCCUCCCCUUCCUUUCUCUUUCUUUCUUUCUUGCUCACACACACACACACACACACACACGUUUAUUAUGCUCACUGAGUUGAAUUAUGGACCAUGGGGAGACUGAAAUGCUAAAGUGUAAUGUAAAAAAUGUAGCAAAACAUAGUUUUUGCUGUUGAAAGGAGGUGUGAAUGUCAUGGCAGUAGACUGUAUUUGAUGUCUGAUUUCCCUGCUCUCAGCGGCUCAUUUCACUGACACUAUUAGGGUACGUUUGUGUGAAUGCUAUUGACACAGCCCCCCCUGCUGUGAGGAAACAGAUUUUUGUUCGUCCAUGAUGACUCCGCAUGACUGAGAGGCAGAGACAAAGCAUGUGGAAUGCACCAUCCAUCAAGACCCUGCUUGGACAGACCACAGGAGGAGGGAGGAAAGACCUUCACCAAGGCGGCUUCAGACAUUCAUGUAACUGUAGGUACAAGGCAUAUCACAGAUGGUUGCUACUAAAAGACAUCAAAUGAAGUUCCAUUCUUUUUACAUGUGUAGCCUUUGGCAGCUGUUACAGUAUGGGUGAAAUAAAGUCUCUUUUCCCUGAGUGCUGAUCCAGGAUGUAUAACUUUUUUGUGCACUGUGUUGGAGGGCAUUGCCCCAUGCAGUUUUGCAGUACAUACAGUACAUAUGUCUUAAAGUCCUAAACAAGCAACGUUAUCACAUGCUCUUACAAUGUGCAUACAAUUGUAACAUUUUAUGUGUAGAUAUGGACAGAAUCUGUGUAGGUGGUUAUUUAGAGUUUUGUUGUUUCUCUGUGUGUGUGUAUGUGUGACAGAGAGAGAGGGAGAGUAUGAGUGUGUGUGUAUGUAUGUUUGUUAUCCUAUUAUUUUAUGACGAGACCAUUUUGAUGUAUGGGUAUUUUUGUUAUGAUGUAUGGGUAUUUUGUUUUCUUUUGUACAUUCCACUGUUAUUUUAUUUGAUUGAGUUUUAUAUUAAAGUGGAAAAGAAAAUCA